GUUAUUAAAGAUAAUCUGUGGCUUCAAAGAGACACAGGAUGUCUGGGAAUGACAGGAAUUCUCUUACCUCCGGUCAUCCAAGCAACUGAAGCCCCUCACCGCCUCUUGACUUCUGCAGCUUCCGACAGUCAGUGGAGCCAUUCGGUGUUUGGUUUGGUACCCUCAUGGACAAAGAAAAUUUUGUUCAAACGAGAGUCUUCUGUUAAUCACCAGCUGCCUGAAGAUGUGUCCGAUAUGUCAGUGUCUUCUGGAUUUGGAAUAACCCUACAGAAAUGUGGUGUGGUGGAUGUUGAGCAUGACCCUCAAACUGCAUACAUUAAUCUUCUGAUUAAUAACACCAACACACUGCUCUCAACAAACAUUACAGAUCUCACCCUGCUGGACAAUAUCACUGGUCUACAUGUUCAAAAAAACGGUGGUAAUAAGACCACAGAUGGUAUGCAGAUAUACAGGAAAAGAUUCUUGCAAGGUGGAGAGUACUUUGCAAUCAAUUAUUCUGCGCUUCUUGAUGCAAAAGAGAUGUGGGAUGGCAGGGUCUUGACAUUGCCUGCAAAGCUAACUUUCAGGAGUUCAUCACAGAAUAAAACACACCUCGUAUCAUUGACAGCAUUGUUCACCAUAACUGAAAAAGAAAAGACCAAGAUUUCAUACAGCCAUGCCAUCCAUGCUUCAGGGUUCUUCAUUGCUUUUUUUGUUUCCCUUGUAUUGACAUGUGCUGUUUUUCUCAUUGUUUACCAAACCCGAAUAUUAAAAUGGAGUCCCUGUAGUAAGAAACAGGAGGUAGAGAAUGAACUCAGCCAAAAUCUCAAACUGGAGCAUUCUCAGUUUAAUUCAGGUGAUCUCUUCAGUGAAGAUAUAAUUACAAACAACCAAAUCAUCGAUAUUCUGUCCUUUGAAGAAUCUGGGAACAUGCUUCAGGCUUUAGAAGACUUGGAGGUUGCCAGCCUGACACGGGCAGAUGCAGAUCUGGAGGCAUAUCGAACGCAGAUCUGUAAAGAAGUUAUUGCUAUGAUGAUGAAGAACAUGGUCUUAAGUCACAGCCUCUUUCCUCACGUGGAGAAGAGAAUGAGUUCAGUUUUCAAAAAGCAGUUUCUUGCAAUGGAGAAGGAGAUUCAAGAGGAGUAUGAAAGGAAGAUGGUGGCUUUAACAGCUGAAUGUAAUCUGGAAACUAGGAAGAAAAUGGAGGCUCAGUGCCAAAAAACGAGAGCUGCAAAUGAAGAGGCUGAGGAAUUAAUGAAGAAAAUAAAUGAAAAGCCUGCUGUAGAAUACAGAAGUCUUCUGGAUAGAGUUCACAGGGUGGAGCAGGACCGCUUGAAAAGGUUCCUUCUGGUAAAGCAGGAGGAAUAUUUUGCAAAGGCUUAUAGACAGCUGGCUGUGACCCAGAGAAAGGAGCUCCAUGGUAUCUUUUUUACACAGAUAAAAAAUGCUACUUUCAAGGGAGAACUGAAGUUGGAAGCAGCUAAAACAUUAGUGGAAGGUUACUCUAAAAUACAGGGAGACAUUGAAGAGCUAAUGGAUUUUUUGCAAGCUAGCAAGAAAUAUCAUCUAAAUAGAAGAUUUGCUUACAGAGAGUAUCUUAUAAGUAAGAUACAGUUAAGGGAUUCUCAAGCCUCUGCUCUUAUAAAUACAGCAGCAGCCCACAUAUCAAGUCUCAUUAAUAAGAUGGAAAGAGCAGGUCAUCUACCUGAAAGUCAUUUGGGAAUGCUGCUGGACCGAGCUGAAGCUGAAAUUAAUUCUGUUAAACAGAAAUUCGAUCAUGAUUUAAAACAAGAAAAGCAAAAGCUUCGCCAGAAACUCAAUGCCAAGCGAAGGCAGGAAAUGCUGCAGAAGAAAGAGCAUUGGAAGGAGCAUCUCUCACUUGGAGACCCCUUCAAAACUGCUAAGGAGGUCACUCAUUACCUGAGCCACUGGAAAAAUCUUCUGAGUGAUUACACCAUCGAAUUUGAAGAACUUACUGAAAAGCUUGACAAUGAGGCCAGUGAAGAGCUGAAAGAUCUUCUGUUUAGUCUAACAGAGAAAGCUGUUGAAGAGCUUAAACGAGUUCAGUGUGCAGUAUUUGUGCAAGAACUGGUCAAGCUCAACGUGCCAAAGAUGCUUCUGCUAGAAGCUGUGGAGGAGCAUAAGAAAGAGAUGGUUGUCAAGCAUGAACAGCUUGAAAGGGAAGAGUGUGACAAGAGCACAGCCAUUGAAGAGCUGCUUCAGCUCACCAGGCAGAAGCUAAGCCAAGAACUGGAAACAAGCGUAUCUGAACAAAAGAAAUUAAGGAGCUGGGAACAAUCAGUAUUGAUGCAACUUCUAAGUUUACCUCUCUCCCUAUCUGAAGAGGAAUUGCUUAGAAUGAGGCAAGAGUUGCACUGCACCUUAUCUCAGGUGGACAGCAGCUUGGCUUGGCCCAAGAUAAGAGCAAGAACCUUGCUUCAGGCUUUCAAGGUGGAAGAGAGGGAUGCAGAGAUGCUGAAAGUUGAUCAGAAUUUAGCAUUGACCAAUAAACAGCAGCAUUCUAUGAUGAAAAAACCAGGAUCCAGAAAUAGAAAUAAGAUAGAUAUUCUGAAGAAAUCUUUACAGGACAAAAUUUUCAUUUAUGAAGACUCGGUGAAAGAUGAAGAUUUGAAUAAGGUUAAGUGCGAGUUGCUGCUUGAGAAAGACUGUCAGCUGCACGAUCUGGAAAAUAAACUUGGAGAGUAUAUUGCUUCCUUAGCCUUUCAGAAGACUAGUAAAAAAUCCAAAAUGUUGGAGCUGUAUACUGCUACCAUAAGUGUACAAGCUUUACUCUUUGAACAGCUGAGCACAUCAAAUACCCUUUCAAAAUUGGAAUGUAUUCAGAUUUUAGAAGCACAUAAUCCUGAGAUUGAAGAACUUGACAGGAAGCUGGAGUAUGAGAUGUUUCGUAAGGAGUCAGCUCAGCAGCAACAUCUAAUGAAUAAGCAGAUGUGGACUCCAGAUGGAUUGGGACUUUCAAGUGAAGCUGUGGAAACAAAUCCAGAGAGACAGGUGACAGUUCUGCUAAGACAGGCUAUGAAUAAAUGUAGGCAACUUAUAAAUCUGCACCAGCAAAGCUUGAGAGAUGAGCAAUGGAAUUGCGUGGUGCUUGAAGAUCUCCUGGAAAAUAUAGAAAUGGAUGCAUUUUUGGCACUUUACAGUCAGGAGCUCCGACUGGCAGGUUAUUUAGCUAAACUGAUGAGGGUACCCAUGGGGGUUUUGCACAGGAUCCUCAACUUGUUGCUGCCCACCAACUCACAAAGUGAGGUUCUUUCUGUCCUUGAUUCCAUCAGUAAAUAUUCAGAUGGUGUUGUUGAAAGUGACAGUAAUGCUGAUGAGUCUGACAGCUGUAAAAAAAGGAAGAACCAAGAAUUGUGGCAAGCACUAGAGAACAAAGUAAGGCAAGAUCUGAUAAACCAAAGUUUGGAAAAGAUGCCUUCUCUAAACAAGAGAAAAGACAGCUUGAUAAAGAAGAAACAACUUGCUCUCUUGGAAAAACCAUCAUUCAUUCAUCUUGGCUGUUCGGUUACACAUCCUCCUAUGGAAGUGCUUGAUCCACCUGUUCCUUUGAACACUGCAACUGCCAAAGCCAUAGUGCUGUUAGACACAGGGGAGAAGGUAUUUUUGUUCCGUGAGCCAAGUGAUCCAGUACUUUCUUUGCAGAGUUCACCAAGGAAAAAGAAAAAGAACUUUCUUAAUUCCAGAAAGGCCACUCGUGUAAAUAUGGACUUGUGA